AUGACUGCCCUCAUCUCCCUCUGCCACCCCGCGGGAGACCGACUGACCGGAGCUUCGGAGAACUCGGCCAAUACAGAGUCUGAAGCCGCCACCUCGGAGUCCUCCUCUUCCUCCUCCCCCUCCUCUUCCCAGGCUGCCUCCACCUGCACCUCGGAGUCCCCAAACUUGGAGCUCAAGGUGGUCCUGAAAGAGGAGCCUGAACCAGAACCCGAGGAGAACCCAUCUAUGCCGGGUACCGCGGCGACCGCAGUAACACUAGUGACCACAGCAGUGCCAGGUUCCACCGCCCCGACCUCCACCCUCACCGCGCUCCAAGUGAAGGACGCUCUGGUGCUGCAGUCCCUGGGGCCGAGCCCAUUCACCGGCAGGAAACGGAAGGCCAACUUCUCCAACGAGGAGACGGAGACUCUGGUGACGUACGUGGUGAAACAUUUCAGCGCCCUGUACGGCUCCGAGGCGCUGCGCACCGAGUCCACCCGCAGGAACCAGAGGAGGAGCCAGCUGUGGAGCCAGAUCCAGAAGCACGUCAACGAGCUGGGCUACACCCCCCGCAGCAUCGACGACCUCAAACACAAGUGGCGAGACCUCCGCCUGGAGGUGAAGAGGAAGAUCACCCAUCGCAAAACCGCCAACAAGGCGUCCCCAGCUCCCGGGGUCACCCCCAUCAUAGACACUAAGCUCACCCCAUUGGAGGAACAGGUGGCAUCUACCAUCGGACAUCACUGCUCGCUGGACGGAGAACAAGAGGGCCUCUACAUCGAGCCCGGCGUCCCCCGACAGUCCAUCUUCUUCAACUGCAGAGGCUCCCCGGGCGCCCCCAUGCCUGAACUGGGCACAGCGAGCCCCCGACCAGAGCUUUCCCUGAUGUCAUCGUUGGUCAGCACCUCCCCCGCGCAGCUGUCCUUUGUGCUGUCAGAAGACGGAGACAACGAAGAGCAAGACAUGGACGUCACCCCGGCGGGGACACCAGGACUCGGAGCGUCGGUUGGCCCGGUGGUCACCCCUGCGGUCACAAUCAAACCUUUCACGGAGUUGGGGACCCUGGUGACCACGCCGAACAUCCUGCCGGCCCAGCAGACCCUCGUGGCCGUCGCGCCGCAGAUCCUCACUGUGAAGCAGGAAGUGUUAACGCAGCCCGCCCGCUGCGAGUCCCAGAGCUCCAUAGUCUCCUCCCCCGAGGGAUCCGUCUCCAACGUGACCGCCCCCGCGCAAUGGAACGGGGACAGCGCGGCGGCCGCCGGCGGCGACACCGAAAUGCAGAAGCUGAAAGUAGAAGACGACGACGCCGACAGCCAGGGCGCCGGGAGGAACUCUCCCCUGCCGGAGAGCCAGGACGAGUGGGAGGGGCAAUCGGCGUCCCCGCCCCCCAGUGACAACGCGGCGGAGGACUCCAUGCCUUCCACCUCCUCCCAGGACGGAGACCCGCCCUCCGGCCCCGACCUCCCCGCCAACGCGGACUUCUCCUGCGAGGCCGGCGCCGGCAAAGACGAGGUGAAGGCCAAGAUGCAGCGGCUGUUGGAGCUGGAGGAGCGCUGGGACCGCAUGAAAUCCAGGAGGUCGUUGGUAGUAAAAUCUCGGGAUGCACCGAUACCGGAAGUCCCAUUUAAGGAAGCUGGCCGCAGUGUGAUUGGUCGGUGA